AUGUCCGACCUCCUCUCCUCAUCCGCACAUGAAUUUGUUGCGCGCGCCGCCGUUGGCGAGGGCCAGGAUAACCGCCCACCCGUCUACCGGGCUGUUGGCCUCUCGCUCGCCGUGGCUUCAGGCGUUUUCAUUGGUAUAUCCUUUGUCCUCAAGAAAGUGGGCCUGCUCAAAGCAAAUGCGAAAUACAAUGAAGAAGCCGGCGAGGGCUACGGUUACCUCAAGAAUGCGCACUGGUGGGGAGGCAUGAUUCUCAUGAUUAUCGGCGAGAUCUGCAAUUUCGUGGCGUAUGCGUUUGUGGAUGCCAUAUUGGUCACGCCGCUGGGCGCGCUCAGCGUCGUGGUCACGACCGUAUUGUCAGCCAUCUUCCUUAAGGAGCGACUCAGCUUCGUGGGGAAGGUGGGCUGCUUCGCUUGCAUCAUUGGCAGUAUUAUCAUUGUCAUGAACGCACCUGAGCAAAGCGCCGUGGCUGACAUCCAAGAGAUGCAGCACUUUGUCAUUGCACCGGGAUUUCUGUCCUAUGCUGGCGUGAUCAUUGUCGGCUGCGCCAUUAUCGCGUUCUGGGUUGGCCCCAGAUAUGGCAAGAAGAGCAUGCUCGUCUACCUCAGCGUAUGCAGUCUGAUCGGUGGUUUGUCCGUGGUCGCCACUCAAGGUCUGGGCUCCGCCGUUGUUGCUCAGGCAGGUGGAAAGCCGCAAUUCAAUCAAUGGUUUCUGUAUGUGUUGCUGGUCUUCGUGAUCGCGACGCUGCUCACAGAAAUUAUCUACCUAAAUAAGGCGUUGAACCUGUUCAAUGCGGCCUUGGUGACGCCAACAUACUACGUCUUCUUCACUAGCGCGACCAUUGUCACCUCAGCGAUUUUGUUUCGUGGUUUCAAGGGCACUGGUGUGCAGAUCGCUACGGUUAUUAUGGGAUUUUUGGUCAUCUGCUCCGGCGUGGUGCUUCUGCAGAUGAGCAAGUCGGCAAAGGACGUGCCGGACGCGGCUGUCUUCAAAGGCGAUCUGGAUCAGAUUCGACAGAUUGGCGAACAGGAACAGCCGGAAACGGAACCAAAGGCGGACGCUCUUCGAGGUACUUCAGCCAUUUUGCGCCGGAUCUCGACAUCUAGAAGAAAGAUGGAAGAGCAAGAAGCCGAAAGACUCCGUGAAGAGAAGAUGGCGGAUCAUCUUGAGCCACUGCGUGAGAACGAAAUCGUGGAAUGGGAUGGGCUGAGACGCCGCAAAACUAUUGUUGGCGAGCCAGGCAGUUCUCCUCUGGGACGGCAGACCGUUCAUCCUCCACUUGGCAUGUCGAGAUUCCCAGAUCCAGAACCGGAGGAUGCACGGCCAGAAACACGCGACAGCAACAACUUCUUCGACAACUUUCGGACACGAGCACGCAGUGUGAUACGUCGUGAGAACAGCAGUCGGGACCCAGAAGCAGGCGAAGCCAAGAGCCCUGUUGCCAUGACCAGGAUCGACGUUCACUCCAACAAGCCAGACACUCCCAUCGCACCAUAUGGGCCUGGCAGUCUUGAAGAGGCCCAGGAGCACAUCUACGGCCUGCCCAAGGGUCUUCGAAAACAGCAAGACAAAGCUGCGGGCAUCCCGGCCGCUCUGUCACCACAGCCGCCUCAGACGGCAGAUUCGUUACGACCAGUACAAGAAGCACGACGACAGUUCUCCUUUACGAAUCUCUGGAAUAGACGAUCUUUGACCCCUCACGAAAUGGAGGUACCUCCGCCUGCGAACCGUCCUAGAGUUGCGAGUCGAGCAAGCAGUCACGAGAAACGAGCCAUGAAAAACGCAACUGAGGAAGAGAGACUUGGCCUUGUUAAAGGUGACUCCUCCCACUCCCUUCUAAAACACGCGUCCCCCGAACGUACACACCCGCCCAAUAUCCAGAUUCACUCCCCAAGUAGCUCUAUCUCGUCCUCCCAAGACGACGGCUACUUUUACCCUUCACCACCCCAUGAUCAUCAGUAUGUGUACACAUCUGACGAGGAGAAGAACCCUCUGGCAUCAGCGAAAAAUCCGAGUCGAGGCUCCUCUCACCACCGAACUCCUCCGAAAAACGACCUUCGAGCAAAUCCGCCCCUCCCACAAUUGCCCACGUACGUUUCAACGGAGAGAAAAGCUCACACCACGAGCCAAGAGCCACCGCCUCCCCCGAAGAGCUAUCGCCCAUCGGAGGCGCUGAACCCCAACCAGAUGCCCGGCCGCAGACCCGAUCGGACACCGCCACGAGCUACGCCAGCAGCGACGUCAUCCGACCCUUUCCUGACUACAUCGACGAACCUCCUCUCCCGCCCCUACCAGAUUCAAGGUUUACCCAACAAGGAUUCAAGGGCCGCGGUAAGGGACGAGGAUCAUGAUGAUGAUAAUCCAAAGAAACGAUUCGCAGAGCAGAGUCAAAGGGAGAGGGAGGUGCGAAGGAAGAGAGCCAGUCAGACAUAA